GUCUUUCUAAUAGGAGUGGUGUGAUUCUUUGGGAAAACUUGUGUGACAAAAUGCAGGACCCCAACGAGGACACAGAGUGGAAUGACAUUCUCAGGAAAAAGGGGAUUCUUCCACCGAAAGAGGUCGCGAAAGAUGACGAGGAGGAGCAAGAAUUGGCUCUCCAGCAGCAGUCUGUCGUGAAAACGUAUGAGAACAUGACGCUGGAGGAGCUGGAUGAGAACGAAGAUGAGUUUGGAGAGGAUGAUGAGGCAGCCAUUGAGAUGUACAGACAAAAGCGUCUGGCCGAGUGGAAGUCGUCGCAGUUGAAGAACGUGUUUGGAGAAGUGAUGGAGAUCUCCGGUGAGGAUUACGUCAAAGAAGUCAAUAAGGCUGGAGAAGGCAUCUGGGUCGUGCUGCACCUCUACAAGCAGGGCAUCCCCUUGUGCGCCCUGAUCAACCAGCACAUGAGCGCGUUGGCCCGCAAGUUCCCUCAGACCAAGUUCCUCAAGUCCAUCUCCACCACCUGCAUCGCCAACUACCCCGACAAAAAUCUGCCCACCAUCUUCGUCUACUGCCAGGGCGACAUGAAGGCGCAGUUCAUCGGCCCGCUCGUCUUCGGCGGCAUGAACCUUACGCUAGAAGAGCUGGAGUGGAGGCUGUCCGAGUCCGGUGCCGUCAAGACGGAUCUGGAGGAGAACCCCCGCAAGCAGAUCCACGAUCAGAUGAUGUCGUCCAUCAGGUGCUCGCUCCCCACGCGCAACCACAACGACGACUCAGAUGAAGAUUAAGACUGCCACUCACCACUAUUUUUUUUUAUUUUUUUAAUUUCCUACCUUAUUUAAAUCACCAGCCUAAACCUCUGGCGGCCGGGUUCAUGAUCAUGUGCUCAGUCAAAUGUACAUUAAACACCGCAUUUCUAUCGACACCUUUCUUUUGACUUAAAUUUACACACAAGAAACGUUUUUUCAAGUGGCAUUUAAAAAACACUUUUAACUAGUGUCCCCC